CGAACAGCGUGCUGCUGCGUCAUCGCCAGUGGCCGGUUUGAAUGAGGCUUGUCGCACCGGAGCUACCGCCACCACCACCGCGCUUCCUUCCCGGCCGGCUCCACCAGCUGCUUCAUCUUCCUCUGCCGUCCUUGUCAGACCCAGCCUCCCGGGCCGUUUGCUCCUUCCUGCCUCGCCAUGCCACUCUACUCUGUUACAGUAAAAUGGGGAAAGGAGAAAUUUGAAGGUGUAGAGUUGAAUACUGAUGAGCCCCCAAUGGUGUUCAAGGCCCAGCUUUUUGCAUUGACUGGAGUCCAGCCAGCCAGACAAAAAGUUAUGGUGAAAGGAGGAACCCUGAAGGAUGAUGACUGGGGAAACAUCAAAAUGAAAAAUGGAAUGACUGUACUAAUGAUGGGGUCAGCAGAUGCUCUUCCAGAAGAACCCUCUGCUAAAACUGUCUUCGUAGAAGACAUGACAGAAGAACAGUUAGCAACUGCUAUGGAAUUACCAUGUGGAUUGACAAACCUUGGUAACACUUGUUACAUGAAUGCUACAGUUCAGUGUAUUCGUUCUGUGCCUGAACUCAAAGAUGCCCUUAAAAGGUAUGCAGGUGCCUUGCGAGCUUCCGGGGAAAUGGCUUCAGCACAGUAUAUUACUGCAGCCCUUAGAGAUUUGUUUGAUUCCAUGGACAAAACUUCUUCUAGUAUACCACCGAUUAUCCUACUGCAGUUUCUGCACAUGGCUUUUCCACAGUUUGCAGAGAAGGGUGAACAAGGACAAUAUCUUCAGCAGGAUGCUAACGAGUGCUGGGUACAAAUGAUGCGAGUGCUGCAACAGAAACUGGAAGCCAUAGAUGAUGAUUCUGUUAAGGAGACAGAUUCUUCAUCUGCGUCAGCAGUGACACCUUCUAAAAAGAAAAGCUUAAUUGAUCAGUUUUUUGGUGUUGAGUUUGAAACUACCAUGAAAUGUACAGAAUCUGAAGAGGAGGAGGUCACCAAAGGAAAGGAAAAUCAACUUCAACUUAGUUGUUUCAUUAACCAGGAAGUGAAGUAUCUUUUCACAGGGCUUAAAUUGCGACUUCAGGAAGAAAUUACUAAACAGUCUCCAACAUUGCAGAGAAAUGCUUUGUACAUCAAAUCUUCUAAGAUCAGCCGGCUACCUGCUUACUUAACUAUUCAGAUGGUUCGAUUUUUUUAUAAAGAGAAAGAAUCUGUGAACGCCAAAGUUCUUAAGGAUGUUAAAUUUCCUCUUAUGUUGGAUGUGUAUGAACUCUGUACACCAGAACUUCAAGAGAAAAUGGUUUCUUUUCGCUCAAAAUUCAAAGAUAUAGAAGAUAAGAAAGUGAAUCAGCAGCCAAAUGCAAAUGACAAGAAUAGUCCCCCUAAAGAAGUUAAGUAUGAGCCCUUUUCGUUUGCUGAUGAUAUUGGCUCCAAUAAUUGUGGAUACUAUGACUUACAAGCAGUGCUAACUCACCAGGGAAGAUCUAGUUCUUCAGGCCAUUAUGUAUCAUGGGUGAAAAGGAAACAAGAUGAAUGGAUCAAGUUUGAUGAUGAUAAGGUCAGCAUUGUAACACCAGAAGACAUCCUGCGGCUGUCGGGUGGUGGAGACUGGCACAUUGCUUAUGUUCUACUUUAUGGGCCUCGAAGAGUUGAAAUAAUGGAAGAAGAAAGUGAACAGUAAUCUUCAAUUUAGCUAUUUAUGCCUAGGAAGGUGGAAAAGGAGGUGUUGCUCUCAUCGUGUAACUCAGUGCUGCUGUCCACAUCCCUUCAACUGGGUGCAAUCAAGUAUCUGUCCAGACUGACUGUUGCUGGCCUUUCAUGACUUUACAAUAAAUUGUGGUCAAUAAGAACACACUUGAUUAUAUACUUAUUGUGUCUCUAAUGUACUAUGGUUUAUAUAUUUAACUUUGCAUUGGAUUUUGCAGUAAUCAUAAAUGUAAACAAGCUCUGGUGGUUUAUUUUUAGAAAAUGAGGAUAUUUAAUAAUAAAAAAAUAAGGAAAAAGAGGGAUUAACAACUUUUGAACUCCUGUAUUUCUAGUGUUAGAGCUUGGCUGAAGUAUCAGAUGAAUUCAGUACUAUACAGCUUCUACAGAUGGCUAAUAAUCUUAAGAUUUCAAGUACUCCAUUUGCUCGG